AGCUUUCGAGAUGCGCCACCGAGUUUCUCGACGCGCUACUACCACCCCAGAUCCCAUUCUGUGAAUCCGCGAGAGCGAACGUCAGGUCGUGUCACUCUUUCACUUCUCGCGGAAGAGAUUUCUGAAGGGAAGGAGAGACAGGAGGUGGAGCGAAAACAUCAGCGGCGUUUCGAGAGGAUCGUUUCCGCAACGGUGCUCGCUCGGACGGACGUCGCAGUAAUUCGCAUAUGCCUGUGCGAGGCAGCCAGUUCGCAGCAGCUUCGGCGGCCGGCAGCGUGAGCAGCGGAUCUGUGCGCGCAAGCGUGACAUCAAAUUUGCGGCAUGGCGGAACGCAGGAAAAACAGGAAGCGCAAAGAUGAAGUAGCCAGUUUGGACACAAAGGUUGCCCAGGACAAGCCAUCCAAGGAGGAGUACGCAGUGGCAAAGUGGAUACGCAGCAAUGUACCGUCGAAGAAGACCAAGUUCGAUAGAGCACACAAUGUCGAGUACUUCACUGGGUCGCGCGCGAUCGACGCUCUGUUGGAAAAUUCACCCUGGAACACGAUGUUCGAGAAUCGCGAGCAGGUCGCCCAAUUCUUGGACUUGAUGUUGAGGCACAAGUUCUUUCACAGGGCCAAGAAAGUGGUGAUCUCGGAGGAAGAACUCAAUAAAAUGCGGGGUAUUAAAAAGAAGACUAAAGAUGAACCGAAGAAACCUGCGGAGAAGGAAGAUUUGAAGGAGACAAAAGAAACAGCUGUGGUGAAGGAAGAGAAAAGCGAAGAGAAAGGCGAGGAACGAAAGGAGCAUAAGAAAAAGCCAAAAGUAAGACUAGAAAUGCACAUGGAACAGUAUUUUGUGGAUUGUAACGAUGCAUAUGUGUGGAUAUACGAGCCAAUUCCCGUAUAUUAUUGGUUUUUUGGCACAUUGGUAGUCUUAGGUGCGAUAGGGGUCUGUCUCUUCCCACUGUGGCCAUUAACUAUUCGUCAUGGCGUAUAUUACCUAAGCGUCGCCGCCGCGGGAUUCCUCGUAUUCAUAUUAGCAUUGGCUAUUAUCAGAAUGAUUGUAUUUUGUCUUCUGUGGGUUCCCACAUUAGGUCGAUGCCACUUGUGGUUGCUACCUAACUUGACGGCCGAUGUUGGCUUCUUCGCGUCCUUCUGGCCAUUGUAUCAGUAUGAAUAUUAUGGCCCAAUGUCCGAUAGUGACAAGAAAGUCAGUAAAAAGAAAAGAAAGAAGGAAAAGGAUUCGGAUUCCGAAGAUGCGCCGUUACUUCAAUCAGAAGAGAAAUCUAGCGCGACGGAGGCGCCUAAGGAAGAUGAGCGAAUCGAGGAGUUAUCUUUGCCCAGUGAAGAAAGGAAAGCUUCGUCUGACUCAGCCGAAGGAGAGGACGGCAGCGAGGAAGGUUCGGAGAGCGAGAAAUCUAAUACAGGUCGAGAUUUCGUUAUGGUUUAAGACAGAUGCAAUCCCACGGAGUUAGAUUAAGAGCAAUUGGCCUUGGAAGUGAUCUCGCGCAGCAUCGCGUUGCACAUAGCUGCGUAAGGGUUCAGAGCGAUCAAUUGCUCUUUAGCGAAGCUCGAACCAGCCUUGGCCGCACGUACGAAGUCUUUCCUGGCCUCAUCGUCCUGUCCCAUCCAGCGAUAAAGAGCGCCACGUUGACAGAGCGCCUGGAUACCCGCUCUUCCUUCUCCUCGGCUCAAUUCCACCGCCAGAUGCAGAUCCUUCAAAGCCUCUAAAGGAACACGAUAAUUAAAUUAGUUCUUCUCCCACGCAAGUAUAUUUGUGAAACUCUAUUUUAUACGUCGAUAUAUUUUGGAAAUGUACCUUCGUCUCGAUUCGCUAAACGUAACGCUUGUGCUCUGUCGUUUAGAAUCGAUGGUGAUUCUGGCGCUCGCUUUGAUGCCUCGUCGAAAAGUCGAAAAGACUCGUCAAAGUUCUUCGCUUCCGCGCAGAUUAUCGCCUUCCUCACGAUUUCCGACACGUGCGGUUCUAAAUUAUCCUCUUCCAACGUAUCUGUUGCCUCUUCUCAAUGGGAACAAAUAUUUUUAUAUAUUAAUAACAUCUUGUUUGCUCGCUAUCUGCGUAGUUUAUAAAAAGUUGAAUAGCAACAUGUCAACAUGCAACCCUGGUCGAUUUGCACGUGCGUAGAACCUUGAGAGUUGUAUAAUAAUAAGAAAAUUUAUCUGUUAUUGUGCCGCGCGCGGUUUUUUACAUAUUCAUGACGAUCUGAAUGUCUCCCGUGAGAAUCAACACGUUGGAACGCACUUUUGCGACGCCAGACGAAAUGCGGUUACCCACGAGGCUUUACGCACUUGCAGAUUAUUCGAACAAUCCGUUUUUUGCGAGUUUGCAGUCUCGAAUCGAGUCUAACUAGCGCGACAAGUCGCACGAUUUUACGCCGUCGUUAAGAAGAACGGCACUUUCAGCAGCAGCACGAAUCACGAGAUAACAAGAAAUUACAGAGCAUUCGCGUUAUUAUACUCAAAAUUUUUAGGAAUUUUUAA